AGAAAUAUUAUUUUUUAUUUUUAGAAAUAGGAAUUGGUGCAUCUUGCGACGGUUUCAACUCAUUUUGCACGCACAUGGGCAUUGCGGCAACUGGGUGAUUUCGGUAAAGCGCCAAUAUGUAAGUUAUUGCUUUGCGAGGGGAGUUUGGGAGCUCGCAAGUUGCGAUCCCUUAUCCUUCAGGCAUGAGUAGACAAGAGGAUAAGGGUGGAUGACAAUAUACGACAGGAUCAACUACCGAAUUUGGAACCCAUCGCAGGGAAUGUUUGUGUGGAUUAGUCAGAGAUAUGUCCGAUAUCAUUACGUCUUGUGACCGAUUGUGAGGCACGUCAAGGAAGAGCUCGAGGAAGGGCAGCGGCAAUGGUGUAUAUCAAGAUUGGGGAAUGGGGGGCGUUGAUCGGAAUACGGCGACUGGCCGUGGAAGGCAUGUCUUGAAUUCGCGAGAUUCAUCGUUCUUACAGUAGAUUAGAAUGUGUGUACGUUCGCACAAGCCACAACGGUAAUGCUUGCCUUUCUCGGCCUCUACACCAUAAUAAUAGAGUUUGAGUUAUUAUCUGGGUGGAGAUGGAAGACCGAACGGUGAGCAUUAGCGAGGUAGAGGACGAGUGGAAAACUGGGCUACCUCGGAAAGGAAAGCUUCACGCGAAACGCCCCGUGUACAAAAGCUCUGAGGAGGGCCUCCUCUCGUACCGUCCAGGACAUAGCCCGAACUCGAUUCUCAGUCCUUGGGAUGCGGAAAAAGAACAUAAACUGCGCCAGAGCCUUCAGAAAUCUAUGGAGCGAGUUCGGAGAUCAGUCUUCUACAAGAAACUAGUAGAGCAGAUGCAACGCCUACAAAUUUUGGAAACGUUGGUGGCUAACGCGAGAAGAUCCGAGAGACUGCGUCAUGAUCAAACAAUUGUGAAUGAGUUUCUUGCUGCUGUCCAAAGUUUGGGACCCAAUCCAGCUGACUAUGAAACGUGCACUUUUCACUUCUCAGAUGGAAGUUUGAUAUUAGAAACUGUGGAGUACAGAGUGAAGGAAAAUCACGUCGUAGACAUGAAGCCUGCACCAAGUUCACCAACUGUUGUGGAGCUCGUAGUCCUUGGUGUAGGGAGCAUUCUGGACAGCGAGGUGUCUAGAUGUCAAAUGUCGCUUGCUCUUCUGCUGAAGAACCAGUUUGCCUGCAUUGGGGAUUUGUUUGUGUUUGAUCCGGUGCUGUCUGCCAUGGAGUAUGGCUUCUUGUCAAGCCUGGGCUGCACUCCUAUUCUGCGAGACGAGAAAGGAAGGAGGCGAGCAUACUCUCCGACGCUGUUUUACAUGCCACAUUGUGGUGCUGCCCUGUACAACAAUCUAUUGGAAGCGAAUAUGGAUCCAUGGUGUCUCGGAUGGAUUUCUAUUCUGGGCAACAGCUUCCGGAAAUACCAAGAUAGCUGGGAAGUGGUGCAAAAGCCCAUGCAUGCGAGGCCAGAUUGCUUGUUAGGUUUACAAAAAUACGUAACCGAGCAUUCUGUGAAUGCUGCUUUGUUCCCAUGCGUGUCAGCUUUCAAUGAUAUGAGUUGGCAUCUCUUUCCAAUUAAGAAAUAUUUUUACUGACGAAUC